AGUUAGCUUCCGGUUAUUUACUUCCGGUUCGGGUUCUGCCUUCCAAUGUGGUGGCUCCCAGCAGCUAUUUCCGGUAUCGCGCGCCAGCGUCCGGACGAGACCAUCGGCAGGAGCAGGCCCCAGGAGGGGGGCGCCGUCCGGCCAGGACUCGGGACUCUCUGAAUCCCCCCCUCGGAGGACCCCGCGCCCCAUGAGCCUGCCGGCCCCCCACCCCAACCCCCUGGGCACGGCCCCCCUGGGGCUGGCCUGGAUCCCCGGCGCCCCCUACGAGGUGCUGGUGCUGCAGGAGGGCUACAGCCAGGCGCUCCCGGACGGCUCCACGCGGGCCGACGGCUCCGUCACGCUGCUGCGGGGGCCCCGGCUCACCCUGGUGGACACGGGGGGGCCCUGGGGGCGGGAGCGGCUGCUGGGGCUGCUGGCGGCCCAGGGGGUGGCCCCGGGGGACGUCUCCCACGUGGUCUGCACCCACGGCCACUCCGACCACGCCGGCAACCUCAACCUCUUCCCCGGCGCCACGCUGCUGGUGGGCUUCGACCUCAGCCGGGGCGAGGGGCUCUACCUGCCCCACGGCCUGGGGGGCGGCGCCCCCUACGCCAUCCACCCCGGCCACGUGGAGGUGCUGCCCACGCCCGGCCACACGGCCGCCCACACCAGCGUGCUGGUGCGGGGCACGGCCCUGGGCACGGUGCUGGUGGCCGGGGACCUGUUCGAGCGGGAGCGGGACGAGGGCGCCUGGCAGGCGCUGAGCGAGGACCCCGCCCGGCAGGAGCGGAGCCGCCGGCAGGCGCUGGCGCUGGCCGACGUGGUGAUCCCCGGCCACGGGCCCCCCUUCCGCGUGCUGCGGGCGGGGGGCAGCCCCGGGGGGGAGACGCCGCCUGGGCCCCACUGAGCCGGAAAUAAACCCAGAUUGGCCAACCCA